AUGUCCCAAGAAGACGCUGUUCGAACAUCUGUCCUGUCCAAAUCAUGGCGUGAAAUUUGGUGUACGCGCCCCAAUCUUGAUUUGUCAGACGCAACCUUCAAAGGAAACAAUGGUGAAUUUAUAUCUCUUCUCGAAAACACUUUACGGCGAUACUGUGAACAAAGGUUGUCCUUGGAUGAGUGUAGCCUUUCUUAUACAUCGUUGGAUAGUACAUCUGUUUCGCUUCUCGAAAAAUGGAUCCCAUUAAUCACAAGUGCGGGUGUGAAGAACUUCCGUCUUUCUAUUGUUCCGGCACAUUUCAGACAUGUUAAACUGCCCUCUGUAGUCUUUGAGACCGAAUCGCUCCGAGAUUUGCAUGUUGAAAGAUUCAUCUUAGACCAAAAGGCUAUUGAGAAGACAGUUCUCUUUAAGCAUCUGAAUAAACUUCGUCUCGAACAAGUAUGCAUUGACGACAGGAUGUUUCAGAAGAUAAUCGCAAGCUGUCCUUUGAUUGAAACUAUGUUUCUCAAAUCAUGCAACACGAUAAGAAACAUCAAGGCGAGUAAUCUUCGUCGUCUCAAGGACUUUUAUUUUUCAUCUUGGUCGGACGAAGAAGAUUGUAGCACGAAAUCUAUCCAACAUCUAUUGAAACCAUUCAGAUCGAGUCCGUUUCGCAUGAAUGAUGAGGACAUAUUUCAAGAAAACCUUGAUCUUGUACAAGAUAUUAAAGGUGGAAAUAAACCUGCAGUUGCGCUGGAGGAGUUGAAAUUGCAUGGUGAGUUAUCUUAUUUUUCACCUCUUUCGAAUGGGUUGUUUUGCAUUUGUCGUCCGAGAAAAAUCGGUGCAAUCAACUACAUGAACGCCGAGUCCGUCUUGAAGAAUCUAAUGCAGGGAGAAAAUGGGAAUUAUCAAGAUCAAUUAAGACAAUUGUGGUUGCCGGAUUUGGAGGAAGUAGGCUUGGAGAUUUAUGACAAGAAUCGAGGAGAAUGGGAUCCGACAAGUUUGUCAGAUUUGCCGGACUUUGAGGAAGGGAAACGUAUUUCUACUCGCUUUGCAUUGAAAUGGAGGGAAAGUUUGUGA